ACAGAACAGCCCCAGAAAAAGAUUGGUACGCCAAAGUUUAAGAAGAAGUUUAUUGAGGUCUACUCAAGUUUCUUUCCUACCGGUGACGCCGACCAAUUCUGCACGCAUGUUUUCCGCACCUUCGACAAGGAUAACUCGGGUAAAAUUGACUUCAAUGAAUUCCUGCUUGCAAUAAACAUCACCUCGGGGGGACAGCCAAAGGAGAAGUUGGAAUGGGCCUUCCAAAUGUAUGAUAUUGACGGAAAUGGCACAAUUGAGAAAAAGGAGAUGACUGAAAUUAUCAAAGCCAUUUACAGCAUGCUGGGAGCAAAUGAAGCAACCGUGGACUUAACUCCCGAGGCACGGACAGAGGAGAUAUUCGAUAAAAUGGAUUCCAACCAUGACGGAGUUUUAACAAGGAAGGAAUUCAUGGACGGCUGUAUGGCUGAUCAACAGCUCUACUCAAUGCUACUAGCAGAUGAGUCCAAUGCAAACAGUUAA